UCAGCGUUUCCCAAACUGUGGUCCGCGGACCCCUAGGGGUCCGCACGUAUACCGGAGGGGGUCCGCGAACGUAAAUUAAAAAUUUACAAAGUAUACCUAU